AUGUAUGCCGUAACGACUGUGUUUUGUGUGCUGCUGCACUUUGUGUGGUCUGUGCCGUCGUACGGUUUGGACAAAUGUGUGCGACAGGAUUCCGGAAACAGUAUAAUUUGUAGAAUUCGUACUCUCGAUAGCGAUGGGAGUAGUAUCUCAACUGUGAAUUCAGAAACAUAUGCACUUAAUAUUGAGUGCAAUCACCUGUUAUUGUUUGAAAGUACUCUCAGAGCACACUACUUCAGUACCGUUGGUAGUUUAACCGAUCUUACAAUUAAUAACUGCAAGCUACUAUCUGUUCCCGACAACACUUUUCAAGAUUUAAAUAAAUUAAGAAGACUAAAGAUUCGUUCCAAAAAUUCCGAGUGGAGUCCUACCAAGAAUUUGGAAUUAACUUUAAACUCAUUCAAUGGAUUAUCGGAAAUGCAGUCAUUAGAUCUGGCUCAAAAUAACAUAAAGUUUAUUUCUUCUGGUGUAUUUUGCUCUCUAGAGAACUUGAACACAUUAAAUGUUACACGUAAUAGAAUAAAACUGUGGGGCAGAUUGGUUUCGGACAAGGGUGUGGAUCUGGUUUACAUACACUAG